CAAUCUGGGAUUCGCCUACACACACACACACACACACACACUUAAUGUUCCGAUUGAUAAACUUUGUCAACAAUCCCGGCAGAUUUCAUAAAUCGCACUUAAAUUAUCAGUAUGUCCAAGAGGGUGAGUAUAGUGUUGCCGGAGGAGAUGCCUUCGGCUCCGUUGGGAAAAAAGAAGCCGCCAAAGCAGAGCCCAACCAUGAAGAGUGCCAUCAAGAGCAGUUCCAGCGUUCGAACGGACAUUGUGCCGCCGGUGUUUGUGGUCGUUAGUCCGCAGACUAGUCAAAGCUCGAUGAGCACAGGUCAGCAGAUAAGCAUCAGCUCGCUAACAAAUCCGGUUAAGGAUGUAUCCGGAUCCGGGGAAGGCUCAUCCAGCAUUGAAGCUGCUCCAACUCCGGAAUCCAGCGCCUUGGUCAAAACUGGCUCUACGACGAACUCCCAGGAAACGGCUAACUACGAAUCGGCCAGCACCUCGAUAAGGCAGUUCCUCCGCAGCACAGUUGCUCUCGUUCGGGCAGGUGAAUCCUUCACAUCGGUUAAGCGUCUUUUCCACAAGUUUAUCAAGAACAGCAGUGGCUCGAUUUCCAAUCUUUCGACCUCUCACGACUCCUCAAACUCCUUGCAAGGCAUUAAGAAGGAGAAUCCCUAUCUUAGCAGGUCCAACGACACGCUCCUGUCCGAUUUACCGCCCCAGCUCACAAUCCCCAGCACUUCGCAGAUGACCACGAGCAUUCGGCACUCGAACUACUCCUUCAAUAACGCCAUUUACGACCGCACAAGCCUUCUCACUGACUCCGUCACUCCGCUGACGGGCUAUACGGCCAAAUCUGAGGAGGCUGGCUACCGAACCGAUGCCUCCAUACAGACCGCCUCCAAAAGUCUGGGGCAAGAGCUACCGUCGGGAAGUGGACAGGCCGGAAGUAGGUCACCUGAUCAGGUCCGCUCCAGGUCAAGCAGUCGAUCGAUCCGCAAGAAACGGCGGACAUCCGUUCCUAGUUCCUCCAGAAAGUCGCCCAGGAUGUCACCCCGCAGAGACCAUGUUUUGCCCGCUGUGGAGCCCGUGUUUGCCUUGGUCAGUUCCUCUGCACCCAACUCUGAGCAGGAACGUUCGAGCAGGUCCCAACGGAGGAGCAGCCAAGACUCAGGCAGAGCAUCAUCCAAAGUUACGGCCAGAGUAUCGGUCAGUUCCGUCUCAAAACCGGGACUAGACAAGUCUGGUGGUGGCCAGUCACCCAGAUCUGUUAAGUCAAAGACCAGCUCUCGUCAAAGUUCCCGCUCUGGAUCCCGAGCCAGUGCCUCAAAGAUCCCGGAGCAAACCGAGCAGAAGAGCGAGGUGGACCAUGCCUUUGCCCUGGUCAGCACCCAGGCGGAGGAGGAGGGUGGCGAACAGCCCGGAGAGAGCAGUGCCGGGGGGAUCGAGGAUGGCUCCACCAGCUGCCGGACGUACCAGGAGCAUUGCAAGUGCCACCACUGCCAGGACAUGCGGCGGGCGGUGAAGAGGGCCGACUUCUUCCAGUCGCCGGAGGGUCAGAAGCGGCUGGAGACCAAACUGCUGGCCAAGAACUUCUUCAUGGAUCUGUGUGCCCUCGCCGAGGUGCGCAGCCAGGUGCGGGCCAACCUGCUGGGCAUUCGGCGGCAUCCUUCGUCGCGACUCAGUUACCCGGUGAGCAUCUGUGGAGCCAGCCGCCUGGAUGGCGGUGCGCUCUCGCUGAAAUGGUUCACCCACGACCUAGACCAAGUGGACCACUUUGACUUCUUCGUGGACAACAAGCUGAACCGGAGUAUCUACAACCUGAAGGCCAACGGCACCGUGCUCCUCGACGUGAACGCCGCCGAGACGCACACCCUGCGCAUGCGGGCAGUGCCGCGGCGGGGCAGCAGUGGCCAGGAUGCCCUGGUGGAGCAGUUCAUGGCCGAGGUGGCUGCCGGGCACAUGCGGCAUGUGCGGCAGGGCCAGCUGUUCGCCAGGUGCCUCAAGCACUUGGACGCCCAGCCGCAGCAGCGUACGCUGGUGGACUUCUGGACGGACAGCGAGUUCCUCUACCUGCCCACGCCAUCCCGCUGACUGGCCAAAAUAAACUGAUUUAUGGGCA